AUGGCGACCGUAUUGGUAGUCCUUCCAUUGUUCGAUACGGCACCAGUGCAACCGAUUACGCCCUACUAUUGCCAAUUCGAGACGCCUGGUGACUUAAAAUACGGUCCCAAUCCUCAGACGGCUAAGUGCAAUGCGCUAUUCCUUUGCCUAUGUGCUAUGCAAGUGUUGGAGAUGAUCGUCAGGAGGAAGAUGAAAGACAGCACCCGACCAAGCGACACUGCCAGGUUGAUAGCAUGGCUGAGCGAUAUACGUCUCAAGUACAACAGCACUAUGGAGAGACUAGGGAUCAAGGAUCAGGAUCAAGAACAAGGCUCUUUAAGAAUGAUUGCUUCAUCUACAAGGAAAAAGGCAUCGAAAGAGGUUGAUCGUAUGGAAGGACAGCCAUCAUCAAAGUCGAUCAUUACUCUGCGUUUCCUUGGUGGUCCUGACAGCGUUGAGAGACGUCAACAAUACGAUCAAAUGGAAGCACAGCAUGAGAGCCGCAAGAAGCGAUUCAUAUCUCUCAACAACAUACCAUCACCAAAAGGCAUACAACCCUUUACCGAUGAAUACGUCACAUGGUUUAUGAAAGGAGUAGCAGGAGCUAGCAUCUUCAAAUCAGCAAACGCUAUGAGCAACAAUCCUAUUAUGAGUAGCUUGAAUGAAGAUCAAAAGCAUGAGUACUUGAGACUCUGCAUCUAUGCUCCUUUCAAUCCAAAAACUAAUAAAGUGAUCCACACUUUGCACAUCUAA